UCGCUGCACGUAUUUUUUACUCAUAAACUAUAGCUCUUCGUGAACUUUAAAUUUUCGAUGUUAGCUAAUAUAAUGUCAAUAAUAAAUUUGAAGGGAUUAGUAUUUAGUACCAAUAUGGAAACUCUGGUGACCUGGGUAUGUAUACCUUCUAUAAAUCUUGAACAAAAAGAUCAGUGCAGAAAAAACCCGGAAUAAUGUGACCAUGAAUUAUGCAUAAGCUCAAACUCAACAUCCUCUUCCACCCUUUAAAACAGCCGCCAUUUCUCCACUCCGCCGCCGCCGCCGCAACCACCAAGUCCUUCAACGCCACCCUCCACCGCCUUUCCUCAGAAGGUGCCCACCAUCAUGCUUUACUCACAUACGACUCCAUGCUCAAGUCCUCUGUACGUCCUGACCCAUUCACUUUCCCCACUCUCCUCAAAGCCUGCAUUUCUCUUAACCUCCUCCCGCACGGUCUUUUGCUACACCAACAUGUGGUCGUUAAUGGGUUUUCUUCUGAUCCUUAUAUUGGGUCUUCCCUAAUCAGUUUUUAUUCCUCUUUUGGGCUUACAGAGCAUGCACACAAAAUGUUUGAUACAAUGCCUGAGAGGAACAUUGUCCCAUGGACGACUCUUAUUGGGUGUUACUCACGAAUUGGUGAUUUUGAGCAUGCCUUUUACCUGUACAAUUCUAUGUUACAUGAAGGAAUAAAGCCGACUUCUGUUACCGUGUUGACUCUGCUUUCUGGAGUAUCAGAGAGCAUUCAUGUGGAGUGUUUGCAUACUUGUAUAGUAAAAUAUGGUUUUAUGGGUCACAUUGCGUUGUUGAAUUGUAUGUUGAAUGUGUAUGGUAAAUGUGGAAGAAUUGAGUAUGCUAGGAAGUUAUUUGAGUGGAUGGACGAAAAAGAUAUUGUUUCUUGGAAUUCUUUGGUUUCAGCGUGUGCUUUAGUGGGGAACACAGAAGAAUUAUUGACGCUUAUGUACAGGAUGAGUUCAGAAAAUUCAUGGCCUGAUCAUCAAACAUAUGGGGCGUUGGUUUCUGCAAUUGCAAAAGAUGGUAGUGCUGAAUUUGGAAAAGUGGUGCAUGGACAGAUAGUUGCUGCUGGAUUUGAAUUAGAUGUGCAUCUUCAGACAUCACUUAUGUUUAUGUAUUUAAAAUGUAGGAACAUGGAUUAUACAUUUAAGAUUUUCGAGCGAGCAAAAGAUAAAGAUGUAGUUUUGUGGACAACUAUCAUCUCAGGACUUGUUCAGAAUGAACGUGCAGAUAGAGCACUUGAAGUGUUUCAAAGCAUGUUGUGUAGUAGAACUGAACCUUCUACAACUACCAUAGCAAGUGCACUUGCAGCUUGUGCUCAAUUAGGUUCAUUGAAAGUAGGAACUUCUAUACAUGGCUAUAUGUUCAGGCAAAGAAUGGCCAUUGACACUGCUGCCCAAAAUUCUCUUAUCACUAUGUAUUCAAAAUGUGGCUAUUUGAAGCAAGCUCUUAUUGUUUUUCAUAUGAUAAAAAACAGAGAUGUGGUCUCCUGGAAUGCAAUUGUUGCCGGGAAUGCCCAGAAUGGGCAUUUAUCAAUGGCAUUGCAUUUGUUUAAUGAAAUGAGGAUAGCCCAUCAAAGACCUGAUUCAGUAACAGUGGUUUGCCUUCUUCAAAUUUGUGCCUCGAUUGGAGCAUAUCAGCAAGGGAAGUGGAUCCACAAUCUUGUUGUAAGGAGCUAUCUUGAACCUUGUGUUAAGAUAGGUACAGCUUUGGUUGAUAUGUACUGCAAAUGUGGUGACUUAGACAGUGCGAGAAAGUGUUUUGACAGGGUCAGAGAACGCGAUCUCAUUUUAUGGAGCACAAUUAUUUCUGGAUAUGGCAGUCAUGGUGAAGGGGAAGCCGCUCUGGCGUUGUAUACGGAGCUUGUGCAAAGUGGUCUUACACCAAACCGUGUUAUUUUCUUAUCUGUUCUUUAUGCAUGUAGUCAUAAUGGACUUGUGGACCAUGGUUUGAACUUGUUUGAUACUAUGGAAAGGGAUUUUAAGAUUGAACCUGAACUCGAACAUUGUGCAUGUAUAGUUGACCUACUUUGUCGAGCUGGUAAGGUGAAAGAUGGAUACAACUUCUAUAAGAUGAAAUUUCCAGAACCAAUGGCCAAUGCUUUGGGUAUAAUUCUUGAUGCUUGCAAAACAAAAGCCCUGGAAGAACUAAGGGAUGUCGUUGCCAAAGAAAUCUCAGAGUUAGAUCACGAGGAUGCUGGAAGGUAUGUACAAUUGGCUCAUAGUUAUGCUUCAAUGGCCCAGUGGGAAGGCGUUGGUAAGACCUGGGUCCAGUUGAGAGAACUUGGGCUCAAAAAGCUUCCUGGUUGGAGUUUUAUUGACUUACACGGAGUAAUAACAACUUUUUUUAUGGGCCAAACCUCUCAUCCUCAGCAGGAAGAUAUAAUGUUGGUUCUGAAGAAUUUGAGUGAGGAGAUCAGUGAAAGGGUAAUCAUGUCUAACACAGAGGAUAUAUCAUAAGCGCCUAUGAACAACAUUUUCUCCGUGCUGUUUUUUUCAUUGCAGAUACUCGACUAAAUGUCAAUUUGUUCAGUAUGUCAUUGUGGUACUAGAUAUUGAACAAGGAAAUAUCAGUUUAAUCUGAGCACAAGCAAGGAUUCCAUGAAGUGUUACAACUACUAACUGCCAAUCCACUGAUGGAGAAGAGGAAGUGAAAUUCAUUGUCAGAAUUGCCUAGGAAGAUCUUGUCAGUGAUAUUCAAUUCCAGCUUUCCUCCUGCCUCCAAUCCGUUGACUCUUCCUGCAGUCACUCGUCAUUCUAUGCUUGUCGCCUAGGACCUCCUUAAGGGAUCUAAGACUUGUUUUCUAUCAAGGAGCAGUUGGUCUAACACUAUUAUAUUAGGUUUGAAUGCGAGUACUUUUACAGAUUGCAUGGAACAUGAUCUCGGGGUGAGUGAGGAGGAGGAGAGAAACUUCACAGCUCUUUUGACAGAGGAAUUAAAGCAAAUGGAAGGUGAAACAGUGGAAAACCAGAGAAGAGCAGACAUGCAACUGCUUGAAUCAAAAAAGAUGGUGUCCCAAUAUCAAAAGGAGGCAGACAAAUGUACAUCAGGUAUGGGAACUUGUGAAGAAGCUAGAGAGAAGGCUGAAAAUGCUUUAGAAGCACAGAGACAAGUCACUUCUAUGUGGGAGCUCAGAGCGCGCCAUCAAGGAUGGAAACAGGAACUUGUUUGAGUCUAGCAAGUGUUCUAGACAAGUUCUUAGUGAAACAAGUAAACUUGAUAGAAAUAUUUGUAUUCGGGUAGUAUGGACAUUUCCCUAAUUUUGCUAACAAUACAAGUCAUUUUAGAAACAAUCUGACAUCAGUAUAGAUAGCCAAGAAA